AUGGAACCGACGCAGCAGCCGACGACAGGCAAGCGAAGACCACACAGGAAAUCGAGAACGGGAUGCUUCGAGUGUCGGAGGCGACGAAUCAAGUGUGGUGAAGAGAGACCGGCUUGUGCGGCAUGUGUUCGACAUGACCAUCCAUGCGUCUACCCGUCUGCACAGCAAGCCACCCCCUGUCCCACACCGGCUACUGACCACCCUACUGCCCGAUCUUUGGAUAGCGAGGCAUCAUUGACGUCUUCUCUUUCGGUACCCCACCUCGCCGAGAGGGAUCAGACACCCUUUCCAUCGUCACCGUCCUUUGUCCUUGAUGAUAUGGCCUUGUUACAUCAUUACACCCUGUCAACAAGCCUCGACAUUGUCAAGUCUUCUGGUGGAGACGAGUAUUGGCAGAAGAUAUUCCCCCAGAUUGCAUUCAGGCAUGCCUUUGUUAUGCACGGUAUCCUUGGUAUAGCAGCCUUGCAUCUCGCAUAUAGGCAAUGUGCCGAGCGAGAACGGCUUCUCUUGAUCGCCGCCCACCAUCACAACAUGGCCUUGCAAGGGUUUCAGGAGAACAUAGUUCACAUGACCGACGAAAACAGCGAUGCUUUAUUCGUAUGCACGUCGAUGAAUAUUCUCCACGUCUUUGGCAUGCUCGGACCGCUCUACGAUGGCCCUGCCGCCGGCCGCAAGUCCCGGAUCCUCGGAGCCGAGUGGAUCCCCAUGAUCCGCGGCGUCGGGGCCGUAUUGAAGCCGGUAUAUGAACGAGUGCGGCUUGGACCUCUAAGUCCACUGCUUGGGCUCGGUAACUGGAGUGAAUUGGAUCCAGACGACAAACCAUUUGCAGAAGACCAUCACUUUCGCAGUAUUCAGGAGGUAUGGACUCAGAGCCACGACGCAAAAGUCUACGACAACGCAUUGUACCAUCUCCGGAAAUGCAAUGCCUACGUGAAGCAGUUCAAGUCAUUGAGUCCACAGGUUUUGGCGGAAUGGGGAUAUAAUCAGGUCUGGUCUGGGCCGUUUAUCUGGCUGCACUCUAGCCCAGACGAGUAUUUUGAGCUGCUCCAACAACGUCAGCCCCCCGCAUUGCUAAUCUUUGCAUAUCUCGGCGUAUUAUUUCAUGGUUUAAACGAUUACUGGUUCAUGGAAGGUUGGGGGCGGAACAUGGUGGAUGUGGCUGAUGAGCUUCUGGGAGAAUACUGGGGUCAGUGGAUGACAUGGCCAAGAUCAGUUGUAGGCAUUAAUGAGUAA